AUGUUGGCGGCAAAUUAUCAAAACAACAAUAGCAAGCUGAACAUUUCGAAGGCUUCGUUUUCGUCUUGUGAACCAAACAAGGAAGAAGUAAGCAGCAUGCUUGAACAACAACAGCAACAACAACAAUCAUUGAAUGAUUCAUUGGGUGUUCUCUUGUUUCAUUCCUCAUCAUCAACAGCACCUCCUCCUCAUACAAACAAUAAUUCUUCUUCACCAUCCACUCCAACAAGGAGACAACCAUCUGCAAGAAAACAACAACAAAUUACUGAAUAUGAAGAUGACAUUGUAUUCGGAAAGGCUUUGGAAGUGUUGGAUCUCAAACAAGGAGUUAACAAGUCAAUUGUAUCAUCUGCUUCUGGUUCUGUUCAUUCACCUUUUAGUGUUGUUCAACAACAACAACAGAAUAAGGAAUGUUUUGGAGUAAAUACAAGUUCUCAAUUGAAUGGUGGUGGUGAUCCAUCAAGGAGGGCAGAGUUUAAUUCACCACUUCCUUCACUCUCUCCAAAGCCAUUUACUAAAUUAACGAGUCAGCUCUCUUCGUCAUCAUCCAAUUCGUCAUCUUCGAAUGGAUCAGAAGAGACGUUAUCUUCCAAUUCGAAUGAGGAUGGAAACUGUCUGUAUGGCAGUCCAAAGAAACCAAAGACACCCACCAAAAAGACAUUUGCAACCUAUGAUGGUUAUUUGACAUCUCAAUCUUUCAAUUCUUGCAAUUCUUCAAUGAAUUCAAUUAGUACGGGUGGUAGCAGAAUUUAUGAUCCAUCAACUUCACCAUCCAUUGUUGAAAGGAGAAGGAGUAGAACACUUGCCUCGUGUGAUGCCUAUCAAAAGACAAUAGAUGACUAUCUCCAUAUUCAAUGUAUUGAGAAUUAUAUUCCAACCAUUACUAAUAAUUCAACGAAAUGUAUACAGGUCACUUUGAAAAUUGAUUCCUACAUUAAGGGAUUCGAGAGUGAGGUACUGACUGAUUGUCAUCCAUUAGAGCACGAAUGUGUUUCUCCAACAUUAAGCAAGACAAAGAAGAAGGAAAAGCCACAAUUUGCGAGUGUGGUUGUUUACAAAAAGAAUUGUAAAAAUAAGAAACAUUUAGAAACAAUGUUCAAGACUAUGAUUCUUCCACCCAACUCUACCAUCAAUCUUACUCCAAACAGUUGUCAAGAUACAAUGUCUUUGACUGACGACUGUCAUAGCCCAGACUGUGUAAAGAAUGUAAAAAAGCACUAUAGUUACGAGAUUAUAUCCAAAGGAUUUGUCAAGGGAAAUUCGAGCCCUUCCCAAUCAGAUUUAUUUAUUCCAUCACCAUCUAGCAAUACAUACGAACAAGCAGAUGGCAUGAUGACUAGUAGCUCUUCAGAGAGCUCGUCCACCUCCUCACCAACACAAUCAUUCUUUGGCAGUAGCCAUUCCCUGAAUAGAAACCUCUCUGUAAAUGAAGAAACAAGACAAUGCACCACACCACCUCCAGACUCCUUCGUGUUGAUUAGAGAUCAAGAAUUUUUACACAUGAUUGGAGAAGAAUUUGUUGGUUUUAGCUGUUUCACUUAUGCUGCCAAGAAGAGAAGAAUUGACAUUCUGAAAAUGCUCUGUAAGGCACAACCAAGCAAGGUAUAUGAAAAUAUUCUCCUUGAUAUUGAGCAAUUAGAAAAGAUUAUAGAACUGAAAGACAAUGAUGUGAUUAAAAUCUUGAUCACUGCCCUCCAGUUCCACAUUGAAAAUGAAAGAAAUCAAAAUCUCAAAUUGGAAGAAGAGGGUCAAAAGAAGAAGAAACCAUCCCUUUCAAUCUUAUUGAAAAGACCACAUCACCACCACGAAGAUGAUGGUAUUGAAACUGAGGCAUUCAUUAGAAAAUAUGUUGCCAGAAAUUUCAUUUUCAUUGACAAUUUGAACGCAGUGAAGGUUAUUUUGGAAAUGAAUUUAGUCACAGUCCAAAUGGCAGCAAAAAUUGCUGCAACCAUGUCCAAGGUUAACACUUUAAGAUUCCUUCUCUCUAGAGAAUACAUCAAGCCAUGUGAUUACUUUGAGGGAGGUAAUGUACUCCACUGGAGCGUUCUCAAUAGAGCUUCAGAUGUCAUACAACUAGUUUGUGGAAUGAGAGCUACCAAGAAGGGCCACCGUGUUAAUGUGAAACGAGGUAGCUCCAGUCGACUUCAACCAUUCAAUGGCAUGACAGCAUUCGAAAUUGCCAAGACAGUCUAUGAUCAAAACAAAUUGUCGGAUGAGGAAAAACUGAUUUAUGAACAUUUACAACCAACCAAAGCAGAGCUUAUUAAGGGUGUUGUAGAAAUUGUUGUACAUAAAGUUAUUCAUUAA